AUGGAUAAAUCAGUACUCAUCGCUAGUGCUUUUGCACAGCAACAGCAUUAUGGUCAUCAUCACCCAGGUCAACCAGGACAAGCUGGACAACCUGGUCAGCCUGGUCAGCCAGGACAGCCUGGACAAUCCGGUCAGCCGGGACAACCUGGUCAGCCAGGACAACCUGAUCAGCCAGGACAACCUGGUCAACCCGGUAAGUCAGGGCAUCAACAUAUUCACAGCCACCAUAGCCACCAUCAGCAAUCUCAGCACGCACAAGAAAUCGCGCAACAUGUUCAGCAAGCACUAUCGCAUACUCAGCAACAUGGGUCGCAUCAUCAACAUGAACAGCAAGUCGUAUCAAGUGCACUACAUGUUCAUCAACACGGUCAGGCAGGUCAAUCAGGCCAACAACAUGUACAUAAAGUUCAGCAACAUGUUGUUCAUGGACAGCAACAUGUUACUCAUGCACAGCAACCUAUUUCCCAUGGUCAACAACAUGCUGCACAAGGUCAACAUGGCCAACAACACAAUUCACAAGGUCAGCAACAUGCUUCGCAACGCUCGAAGCAACAACACAUACCACAUAUACCAAAAAUUAAACUCACUAGCGUUGUGCAACAUGUACCCAUCCCACAUGAGAACUACGAAUUGCCCAGUCGUGUGCAAAAGAUUGUCGACAGCGUGCACCAACACAUUCCACAAGUGUUAAAUUAUCAUGCGACCCACAAAAAUGUGCCACGCUCCAUUGCCGAUGCUGAGAAAGUCGGCAAAGUGCCGGUUAUACCACCGAAAGUGCAACAAAUUGUGGAACAUGCACACACACACAUUCCACAAGUCAUCAACCAUCACAUACAACAACAGAAGCAGCAGAAAGAAGUUGUUGAUCAACAAAAUGUUGUUGCUGCACGCAGUCAACCCAGCCAACCAUCAACGACGGUGCCAUCACAAGUGCAAGAAGUUAUCCAAAAUGUGAAUAAACACAUUCCACAAAUGAUCCAGUACCUCACGCAACAAGCGCAGAAACUUCAAGACUUCAUUAGCAAAUUUCAACAACAACAACAGCAGUUAGCACAAGAUAUCGGUGCGGUGGGACAACAACAUUCACAAGUGGUGUUGCCACAAAUACCCUCUAAAGUGCAGAAGAUCGUUGAACAGGCACAUAAACACAUUCCACAAGUGAUCAACCAUGCCAAGCAGCACAAGGCACAGGUACAAAAGCAGCAGCAACAACAACAACAGCAACAGGGUGUAGCUCAAUCAGUGGCAGAUGUUGUGGGAAAACUCGUUGAUCACAUACAACAAGAGAAACCACAGGGCAUCAUCCAACCCGGCAAGGUCGAGCAUCAACACGUUCCACAAGUCAUCGGCCACGUCCAACAGGUACAACAACAGCAGGUGGCAGGAGCCGGCAAGCCAGUCGUUGAAGUUGAAAUUUGA